AGAAUUCUUGACCAGCGUCGAGCAAGUCUGGGCAGUGUUCGGAGACAGACCGACCAACGAGUUGUUGUUGAACAUUAAGAGCCGAAAGGACGUAACAUACCCUCCCACGUCAUCAUCCGUUCAUUGAAAGAUUAUUGACUGACCGGUAGAUUCUCAAUAUGGUCAAUCCUACUAUUCGUCCUGCUAGUCCUUUCAAUCCCACUGAAGAUGCCGAAGCCUUAAAGCAGGCAUUCAAGGGCUUUGGGACGGAUGAGAAAAAAGUUAUCGAAAUUUUAGCAAAACGAAGCAAUGAACAAAGACAAGAAAUUGCGAAAAGAUUCAAAACUAUGUAUGGAAAAGACUUAAUCGACGAAUUGAAAAGUGAAUUAAGAGGAAAUUUUGAAGACUUGGUGGUGGCCUUAAUGUACCCUACUGUUGAUUAUUACGCAAAACAAAUACACAAAGCCAUUAGCGGGGUCGGCACAGACGAAGACGCCCUUAUAGAAAUAUUAGGAGUUCAUACAAACGAUGAAAUUAAAAAUAUCAGGGAGGCAUACGAAACUAAAUAUGGACCCCUAGAAGAUGAUAUUAAAUCGGACACUUCCGGAACGCUCAAACGAUUAUUUGUGUCCCUAAUAACAGCUUGCAGGGACGAGUCUGGAAUUACGGACACAGAAAAAGCUCACCAAGACGCUCAAACUUUGCUUCGCGCUGGUGAACUUUUCGCUGGAACCGACGAAUCAGCAUUCAACCAAAUUUUGUGUCAGAGAAACCGAGAACAACUUAAACUAAUCUUCGCCGAUUAUCAGAAUAUCACCGGACAUGAAUUUGAAGAAGCCAUCGAAAACGAAUUUUCGGGCACCACAAAAAGAGUUCUCAUUGCGUUAGUAAAGGUAAAACAAUUGACAAACGUUACGAUUUUUAUUUAUUUUUUUAAUUCAUUCAAAAUCCGUCAAAUUCGUAAAUAAUGUACUUGAGUACAAUAACUCGUAUUUAAACGUAAUUUUCCGUAAAAAUUUUUUUUGUUUUUAAAAAAUGAACUGCUAUACAUUCAACCAUUUCGAAUAACACUACUAGCCCAAAGGACCUCAAUACAUUUUAAAAGUUUUCAUAUAACGAUAUGUAUAAAUAUAAACAAUUACUUUAUGAUUUAAGUGUGAUACAACGGAAGCACUUUACUAAAUUUAUUACGUUAGAAUAUAAAAUCAGUGAGUAAAACUAUUGAGCAAAUUGUGUACCAAGAUAUAAAGAGAUAAAAACCUAAUUUAAAUGUAAACACGACAAAUUAACAAGCACGUACGUUACAUCU